GAGGAGUUUUUGUUUCUAUUUUUUGGCUCAGGUUCGUGGUCAAAGAAGUGGGUUGAGAACUCUUCCACACAGUGCUGCUAUAACAUUUACUGUUGAUUGGCACCCGACUUUACCCAUUUCCGUUAUUGGAUCAGCUGAUAACUCGCUCCUAAUGUGUACACAAAUUUGAAUGCUCAGCACAUAACGUACUGCCUGGAGGUUCUGUCACUGACUUUGGGUGACCACUUCAUUUCUUUGUUUUUCCUGAAGGUGUGUUUUGCUUGCUACUAAUAUUCACUCAUCAUCUUGUGGAAUGAAUAGCCUCGCCCCUCCUUAGGCUGUUUGUUGGACUCAUUUUGCCUCUGAAGUACUCUCACUACCAAAGUCCGAUCCAUCUUCAUUUUCCUAUUCUCUAUUUUCUCCAUCUUUGCUUUUCUUAUCUCUCGUUGGUACAAUAGUUAUUUGGUUGCUUUUCUACUUGCACAAAAAUCCAAAAAACCAAAAAAAAAAUUCCACCGGAACAAAAAUGGCAGAGAAUAUCAUUAUUUCAAUUGCAGCGAAAAUAGCAGAGUACACUGUUGCACCUGUUGGACAGUGGCUAUGCUAUUCAUGUCACUACAACAGCAACAUAGAGAAUUUGAAGAAACAGAAAGAGAAGCUGCAAUGUGCUCGUGAAAGGGUGCAAGAUUCAGUUGAUGUUGCUUUUAGAAAUGAAGAGAAGGUUUUUUCUUAUGUUAGCAAGUGGUUGAUAGAUGUAGAUCACAUUACAAAAUUGGCCACCACAAAACUUCCUGAAAUCGAAGAAGAAGCGGGUACAGGGAGCUCUAAUGCGUCAUGCCUAAACUUGAAACAUCGACAUCAAUUAAGUCGAGAAGCAAAGAAGAUUGUGGAAGAUAUUGCCCAACUUUUUGCCGAACUUCAUAACAACGGAAACUUUGAAAAAGUUUCGAAUCCUGCUCUUCCUUCAGAAGAAAUGGACUACAACAGCAACAUGGAGAAUCUGAAGAAUCAGAAAGAGAAGCUGCAACAUGCUCGUGAAAGGGUGCAACAAUCAGUUGAUGCUGCUUUUAGAAAUGGUGAGGAAAUUUAUCCUGAUGUUAGCAAGUGGUUGAUAGAUGUAGAUCGUAUUACAGAAUUGGCCACCACAAAACUUAGUAAAAUCGAAGAAGAAGCAGGUAUGGGGAGCUCUAAUGCGGCAUGCCAAAACUCCGAACAGCGGCAUCAAUUAAGUCGGGAAGCAAAGGAGAUUGUGGAAAAUAUUGCUGAACUUCUUGAAAAUGGAAACUUCAAUGGAGUUUCCUAUCGUCCUGCUUUGCAAGAAAUGGAGACUCCAAUAAACAUGGAUUACAUGGCCAUGAAGUCGAGAAUGGCAGUGGUGGAGGGGAUUAUGGAGGCGUUGAGAAGUGCUGAUAUCUACAAGAUCGGCGUGUGGGGGAUGCCCGGAAUUGGAAAGAGUACUCUGAUGAAAGAAAUUGCCAGACAAGCCAGGGAAGAAGGCUUAUUCGAUGAGGUGGUUGAGACACUUGUGACAAAUAGCCCAGUUAUAAGGAAAAUUCAAGGAGCGAUUGCAUCCAUGCUAGGUCUAAAUUUUGAUCAAGAAACUGAUGAACUAGGGAGAGCAAGUCAGCUACAACGGAGGCUAUCAAAGGACAAGAAGAUACUAGUUAUCCUGGAUGAUAUAUGGAAAGAACUUGAUUUACAAAAAAUAGGAAUUCCUUCAGAACGAUGCAAAGUAGUAAUGACAUCAAGAGAUCGUGAUGUAUUAAUUUGUGGAAUGGGCACCCAAAAAGAAAUUGAACUUAAAAUUUUACAGAAAGAAGACGCUUGGAACUUAUUUGAGAUGAGGGCGGGUGAAAUUGUCAGAAAUCCUAAGGUGAGUGGCAUAGCAAUUGAGAUAGUUGAAAAGUGUGCAGGUCUUCCUAUCGCACUUGUAACAGUUUCAAAGGCAUUAAAAAAUAAGAAUUUAAGUGAAUGGAAGGAUGCCCUGCGCCGAUUAAAAAGACCGGCUCCCGAACACGUCACAGAGAUGUUGAAAACCAUAUAUUCUCCCAUAGAGUUGAGUUAUGAUAAUCUGGAAUCUCGGGAGCUAAAAUCCCUCUUUUUGCUUUGUGCUCAAUUGAGUAACUUCCUUCACUAUCGCGAUUUGUUGAUAUACUCUUAUGGUUAUGGUUUAUUUCAUGGCAUUAAUACAUUAGAAGAAGCCAGAGACGCGCUACAUACACUACUUCGUAAAUUAAAAGACUCUUGUUUACUGCUGGAAAAUUCCAAUGGAUUUUGUAUGCAUGAUCUUGUUCGUGAUGUCGCUACAAUAAUUGCAUCAAGGGAUUGUAAUAUGUUUGUCAUGAGAGACGAUGGUGGGCUAAAAGUAUGGUCGGAUGUGGAUGCACUCAAAAGAUGCAAGGCGAUCUCUAUUUUUUAUGGAGAUUUUGAUGAUCAACUUCCCAAUGAAAUGGAAUGUCCCGAAUUAAUAUUCCUCUUUAUUGAUUCUAAAGUUAGUUCUUUGCAGAUACCAGACACUUUGUUUCAAGGGAUGAAAAUGCUCAAAGUUUUGGAUUUGACGGGAAUGCUACUUUCAUCACUUCCUUCGUCUCUUUUUUUCCUUAGAAACCUACAAACAUUAUGUCUGGAUAACUGUGCGUUGGAAGACAUAUCUGGCAUUGGAGAACUCCAGAAAUUAGUUGUUCUUAGUCUUCUUCACUCUAAAAUUUCAAAAUUGCCAAGAGAAAUAGGGUCAUUGGUUCGUUUGCAGUUGUUAGAUUUGAGCCAUUGCUCCAAACUUGAGAUGAUUCCUCCAAAUGUCAUAUCAAGCUUGGUCAAAUUAGAAGAAUUGUAUAUGGGAAACAGCGUUGUUCAAUGGGAGGUUGAAGGUCUCAAUGAUGAAAGAAAAAAUGCCAGCCUUGUUGAGCUAAAGCAUUUGUCAAAACUGAACACUUUAGAGAUACAAAUUCAAGAUGUCAGCAAACUACAGAAGGACUUAAAUUUCGAGAAGUUGGAGAGAUACAAAAUAUGCAUAGGAGAUGUCUGGCACUGGUCUGACAGAGUUCAAUCCUCAAGAACACUAAAACUCAAGAUGAUGAAUUCAAGCAUUCAAUCAGAGUUUUGGAACAAAAUGCCAUUGAAGAGAACGGAAAUUCUUCAUUUAGAGGGCUGGUUGAAUGGUGUUAUGAGUGUUAUACCCGAAAUGGAUAGAGAAGGAUUUCAACGAAUGAAGUAUCUCGGCAUAAAUAAUGGUGUUGAGCUUAAGUAUGUCGUUAACUUGAGCACAUCGGUUAUUGUGUUUCCUACCUUGGAGACAUUCAUUCUUAGUAAUAUGAUCAGCUUGGAAGAAAUUUGUCAGGGCAACAUUCCAUUGACAUCUUUCAAAAACUUGAAAGUUUUGAAGGUGGAAAAUUGUGAGAAAUUAAGAUUUAUCUUCUCAUCAUCUAUAGCCAGAGGCCUUUCACUACUUGAAGAACUGAACAUAACAAGAUGCAACAACGUGGGUGCAAUAUUCGUGAAAGAAGAAGAAGACGGAAUAGAAGAUCAGGGAGAUAUGAUGUUGUUCUGUCGACUUCAAACCUUAGUGCUAAAGGAUCUUCCAAAGCUCGUGGGCUUCCUAAGCACAAUAGAAACCAAUUCAGAGGGCAACCUGCAUGAUUUUCAGCUGCCGCUUCUACAUCAUCAGGUACAUUACACAGUAUGUAAUUAUUACCCAAAAAAUAUUCCACACAUUACACAAGCAUAAACAUUUAUAGUUGGCAUUCAUUGUGACCGAAGUAUAAUUGCAUGCGCCUCUAUUACGUUGUGGCGGAAGACGCCUACAGCUUAGUCUUAGGGCAUAAAAGUACUUAAAUUUGAAAACAAAAAUAAGAUGGGACGACUUGUCUAAAAUAAUUUUGAAAUAAAUAGCCGAUUACAUAAAAAUGAAAUUUCGCAA